AUUACGAUUAAAGGAUCCAGUUGCUCUGUCUCACAAGCGAUCGCGUUGACGCUUGUUGAUGCUGUCUAAAUAGCAUGACCCUAACCAAGGCCUAUUCAACAGGGUGGAUGGGCCUGCCUGGGCAUGAAGGCGAUAUACAUGUAUAUGAAUAUGGAAAGAAUUCCAUGUAGAUAGCGACAGACGUCACUGAUUUUUGUCUUUGCACGUGACAGUCAUACAUGCCCAAAAAUCAAAUUUAGCAGUAAAAAAGUUGAGUCCAGGCAAGGUUUUGAACAUACAAGGUGGGAUGUUGGCCAAAGCAAGUAAAUUAGAUGUGGUCUGGCGAAAACUGCUGCUGACGAAGUUCUUCACAAAAGGAUGGGGAUCAGUGGACAACUUAAAAAGGAUGUGUAAGUUUGGCCAAGUGAUUUCUGAUCGUUCACGCUGCAAACUCCUUGUGGACAAGACCUACCCAGUCUUCAUUGACAAAAAUGAACAGAGGGGCGAGUGCAGAAUCUUGGAGGGGCAUUUCGUGUCUCCGUUUGCCAAGUACAUAAAAGGGAUUAUGCCCAAAGAAGUUGAAACAGCCAGGUUUCAGGUUAUUUUACCGUCGACAUGGAAAUCUGAAAGAAAGCCAAUAUGCAUCCACCUGGCUGGCACAGGGGACCAUGGCUUUUGGAGGCGGAGAACCAUCAUGGCCAGGCCCCUGCUGAAGGAGCACGGCAUUGCAUCUAUAAUCCUGGAGAAUCCGUUCUAUGGACUGCGGAAACCCAAAGAGCAAAGCCGUUCCAGCCUUCUUAAUGUAAGUGACCUUUUUGUGAUGGGAGGUGCACUGGUUCUGGAGACGCUGACACUCUUGCACUGGUGUGAGAAGGAAGGGUAUGGCCCGCUUGGUGUCUCAGGAAUAUCCAUGGGCGGCCAUAUGGCUACUCUUGCGGUCACCAACUGGCACAAACCCAUUGCCCUUAUCCCUUGCCUUUCCUGGAGUAAUGCCACACCAACAUUCACCCAGGGGGUAAUGAGCGGUUCCAUCCCGUGGGAGACCCUGGCCUCUGAGUACGUCUUCCACUCGGAAUAUGAAGCAGAGAUCCUCAGGAAACUCAUGAAGUGCCCCCAGUAUGAUGCCUACAGACUUGGUCAAGAGUUUGCGGCCAAUUUUCCAGAGAGUAUGGAAGAACUUCAAAGCGUCACACUGAAGUCUGGAGUGAGGUGUUCAUGUCAAAACCAACGGAAGCCUGACCAAAAAACAACAGCAAGUGCUUCUCAAGAUGGACAAGGAUAUGUAAUCACCUCACCAGACGAUAUGGGUAAUGUUGAACCCAACCAGCAAUCUUCACAGUGCAAUGUGGCCAGCAAAGUCGAAUCAGUUCCAAGAGAUAAAGACCAAUACCAAAGUAGCAGUAUUCCUAAAACCGAAAAGGAUGUACCAUCAUCCAGAGACAUCUGUCAGAAGUGUUCCCAGAUGGCAAAUACCAAUGGUGCCUCAGAUACAGACUACCAGUGCAUGCGUACACAGAAUAGGUCAAGAGAUGGCACCGAGAGUUCAGUGGGAAGCUUCUCAGAUGGUUCCUUUCAAUCUGAUUCAGAUGGUGAUUCUUCCAAAACGAACACUUGCAGACAGAAUGCCAGUCAACCUCCGUCAGAUAGUGCAUCAAGUUUGGAUUCGGUAGAGGGAACUGACAAUAGAAAACGGGAGGUAAACGAACAAGUUGAUGGGACAGUUUCUAGCACCAGAGUAGGUGAUCCCAAGGUAGAGUUAAAAGCUGGUGAUAAGGUGAAAGGGACAAGGAAACAGUCCAAACAGGAGAAUGAGGCUUUGCGGAAUGAGGCGCUGCAGUUUAUGAAGGGGGUCAUGGAUGCGGCCACAUUUGUUGGGAACUUUUCCAAGCCGGUAGAUCCGGAGCUCGUCUUGACAGUCUUGGCUAAUCAAGAUGCUUACAUUCCUUGGUAUCAGAUGCCGAGCUUGAAGGAGUUGUGGCCAGGGAUGGAGGUACGAUACGUGAACUCAGGUCAUGUUGCUGCAAUUCUUUUCAAGCAGCAUCACUUCAGGCGGGCCAUCCGUGAUGCCUUUCAGAAGAUGGAGAAGAAAUACCGUGGAGUCCUCCCCGAAGAAUCGUGAUGCCAGUUGUGACAAGCUACAGCCCUGUAAACUGAUAAUCAAUAAGUGUUGUUGAUUGUUUGUGUGUGUGUGCUUAUACCCAUUUGCUUUGAUUGAAUUAAAUGUUAAGUUUUUGAAUGACAAUGCAAAAUUGUAUGCACUCUGCUUGAUUGAAUUUAUGACAACUGUCCAGUUUGCAUUACAUGUAGGACUUGUUUUAUCAGGUGUACUUUGGCAAGCCUACAUUGACACUGGUUGCUGUAAUGUAGCACAGAUGUUUUUUACUUAAACAUUCGGGACCUCUAAGUAAUAAGAAAUUAAAUGGAAUGGUAGUGAAUUGUUUCUGUCAUGUGUAUUACCUGUGUCAGAAUGUAUUGGGUAUACAUUCUUGUAAAAUGACCACUCACUACAUGUAAAAGUAUCAGCUGAGGUUUUGAAAUGCCACGAUAUUCAAAAUAUUUCCUUCCUCAGUUAUUCAUGCAAUAUUGUUUCUUUAAAAAUGCUCCAGUUUAUUUCCUUCACGUGUUUCAUUGCCAGGGUCAGAAAACAACAGUGUUUCAUUGCACAUUGUAUUUCAGAGGAUUCUCAAAGAUUCACUGCAGAUUUUUUAAUGAAAUUAGACUAACAUUGAAUUGGAGGACUGGGGGCGUGAACACAGCGAUGCACAUUGUUGACUCUCUUACGUUAUGGAUGAUAUCUGAUGAUGCUAACUUUGCAGAAAUGUGUUGGGGAUUGUGAGGGUAAUCCUCUUGGAGAAUGAACCCGUUUGUGGAAGAAAAGUAUCUUGUCCUUGCACUACUGACCAUUCAUUAGCCGUCGGCUCUAGAUCCAUUGGCUUUAGAUCAUUUGCCAUAAAUAGUACAAAAGGCAGGAAAUUCCAAAUACAGUAACAGAUAUGGCUUUUGAUACUUACCAGUUGGGUAUUUCACUCUAUUAAAGAUAUUGACAGGCAGACAGAACGUAAUCAGCCCAAUGUGAUUGGAAAUGUGACCACAGAUGCACUACAGAUUGUUAAAAGUUCAACACACUGCAAUUCUGUUAGGUGUAAACAUUAUGCUUGGCCAUUGAGUUUGUUGCCUACGGCAAGUAUCCAAACAGUCAUUUUUCUCAGAACAAGCAGCACAGAAGGAAAAACUUACAACUUGUCACUUUAUCAAGAUUAAAAUCAUAAGAACUGUAUCAAACAAAUUAGUGAAUUGGUAGGGAAAGGGUUAAUAGAGAAAUACUUGGUAAACUGAUUUAUUUUGAGAAGGGGGCGAGAUGCUAAAUUCUCAGAGAUAAUUACAUUUGGAGAUUAGAAGAAAUUUUUUUGUAUUUUCCUGAUCUGUUAAUCCUCAGAACCUGAACUGAGUCAAAGUUGAUUUAUUAAUGAAGGAUAAAAUGGGCAUUUAAAAUUUCAUGUAGUUGAUUUUUCUUUACAUGCUUUUAUGGUUAUAGUAAUUGUUAUCAGAGAUUUUUGUCGUAAAAGACUUUUUAUUGUUAAGACGUUGCCCUCAAAAAUAUCCAAACGAAUUCGCUGGUUGGCAUUUUUAAUGGCAAAAAAGAGAACAGUUAUUUAGAUAAAGGAAUUUCAAAUGGGAGAAAAGCUUGCCAAGAUGCCUAUUGAAGUUUAAAAUGUUUUUUUCAUGGAAACAAAACAGAGAAAAGUAUUCAAAAUCCAUAUGUUCUGAGUGCCAGUUGAUACUCAUAAAAUCAAGACUACAACAUAAGUGUAUUUUCAGGACACAUUACUGUUAAGGUAUGCAUUUAGAUAGCUUUGUGUUUAAUCAAAUCCAAAUUUUGUUAAGCAAAAAAUGCUGCUUGAAAUUUGUUUAGUAACAAAUCAAAUGUAUUGAAAUCAACUGAAAGGUUCAACGACAAAACAGCAUUAUGUAUAUAAAUAUUAGUAACAUUUUUGUUGAGGUUUGUUUAUGUUUGGAAUGCCUUUAAAACGGCAUCAGUAUUUGCCUUAAUUUGGUUAAAUACAGACUCGGAAGGACAAAGGGAGGUUGACUUAAAUAUGAAGAAUAUCUUCAUAAAUACCUGCACGAGAGAAUGAUUGGGAAUUAAAAAUGAUUUUGAAUGAUCUUUACACGUGCAUUUUAAAA